AUGCCCGAGAUCCGAGCGACCGAGACACGCGCAUUGCAGUUGCCGAGAACGUCCCACGAUCCCGGAAACUCCGGGAUAAUCGGCGGAAUAUCUUCUGCGCUUGGAAUUAUUUGCUACGACACUUUUUACGUCACCACGUUGAUGGUCAUCUGCGCACAAUUUCAAUACAUCAAUAUCAUAUUGAUGAAAAUCGAUUUUGACAACGUGCCAGAAGCUAUCUUCGUUCUCGAGAACAAAUUAAAGAAUUGCGUGAAUUGUCAUACGGAGAUUAUAAAAUUUCUAAAAAUGUUGCAAACCUUUAGCGGUCCAACAAUGUUCGUGCAAUGCAUCGAAACAUUAAUUAUCAUUUGUUUAGUCUCAUUCGAAGCAUCAGCGAUUAAAGUUGCGAUUGAUAUGGAAUCUAUUUUGAAAUUAUGGUCUUUGCUUGAAUAUUUUUUAUGUGCCGCCUUUCAACUGUAUGUUUUCUGUUUCUUUGUCACUCAACUCGAACAUUUGGGCUUGCAAAUUGCGCAUUCAGUAUAUUCUUGUGGAUGGGAGUUUAUGGCCAUUGAAAAAAGAGAGCAAAUGGAUUUCGGAAAGCAAUUAAAACUUUAUAACGUCGGUCGAUUAGUACAAACGAUUAUGGUACGAGCACAGAGGCCGAUUGUUUUAACCGGUGGCCCAUUUUACGUUCUCUCAUUGGAAACUUUCAGAGUUGUAAGCAAUGUUAUGUGA